AUGGAAACCUGGUUCUGGAUUCUUGGCUGGUCUCUUUCCAUCUUAACCAUAGCUGGAAAUGGAUCUAUCAUCUUCCUUGUUUGCAGACGGCGGCGGCUUCGAACUAAAAGCAACGCGUUUGUCGUUUCACUUGCUGUGGCGGAUUUCUGUGUUGGGCUGAGUGCUGUUCCCUCACUUUUUGUCUGCGAGAAGACAAAUGGAUGCGAUCCUGAAGCCCCUUUUGCCGACUGGGUGGAUUAUCUAAGGUGGCUGUUUACAUAUGCGUCUGUAACAAACUUAUGUAGUUUAGUCCUGGAUCGCUUCAUUGCUGUUGUGAAGCCUCUCAAAUACUUAUUGUUCAUGACACGCAAACGUGUUUCUCAGUUGAUUUUCCUUUCUUGGUUACUGUCAAUUCUUCUUGUCUGUCCCUAUGUGCUAAUGUGGCUCGUUUUUAACGACAAUCGUUCUCUUUUCUUAAUUUCUUUUUGGAUAUUAAUUAUUUUAGAGAUCCUGUCGUGCUGCAGUCUCAUUUUUUACUUUGGUUCAAUGUUACAUGUUGUUUAUAAACACGAACGAGCCGCUCGUAUCUUAGCAAAACAACUCCGCUUCAAUCAUCGAUAUUUGCGCAAAAACGAGGAGAAGUCCGCUGUGAAAUUGAUGGUCAUUGUUAUUGGCCUGUUUCUUGUUUGUUGUGCAUGCUAUCUGCGAUGUAGUCUUGUAUACAUAAUGAAAGACGGACAACCAUGUAAUGAUAAAAGAUUCAAAUUGCCUCUGUUUGUUUUAAACUCUGCCAUCAACCCAGUUGCUUACGCUUUCUUCAAGAGGGACAUAAAAGAGGAAGUAGAACGACGCAUUAGCUGUGUGAUCUGGAAGAAGAGAAACAAUAUUGAACCACUUAAUGACUCAAGACUUUUUCCAAAUUAAUAGUUUUGAUCAUAAUGUCAGGCACGCAUCUCGUUUAGUACAAAGUAAUGCUGUUAAACCAUAACAAGAUUCACUCUGUAGAGUUAACAGUUUAUGAAAAUCAAACAGAUAUUCCGAGCUAAAAUGAAAAUGAGAUAUUGUUUUGACGUCAACUGGGAUCAGCUGGUUUUCUAGACGAAACUGUCUCUAGUAAACGAGAAACUUUUGAAUUUGCUUUGUUAAACUCUUUAACCCUAAGACUGGCUAGAAUCUAGGAAAUGAUCGCCAACCAAAACAUGUUUUGAUUGAUAAACAAAUUCUCCUUGUCAGUAACAUGGGAAAUACAUUAGGGAGAAUAUUCAUACUAACAGUUAGUGUAGAAGAUUAACUCUGACGGGAAGCAAGACCGAAUGAGAACAAAGGGGGAGUGUUCAUCUGCAGCUGCUAACGUUUUCCAUUAUGAUUUAAACAGACAAAAUGCAAGAAGAAGGUAAACAUUUUGUGCUAGAUAUGUAAUUUUAACAAAGGCAGACAGUAGUUGAUUUGGACUGCACCCCCCACAAUUAGAAUUCGAACGUUCAUACAUGCUACAAGGAAAAAAAUAAUAAACUUCUACAUCUUCAGUGACAGGUGUGUUGUUAUCAGUUGUGAAUUUGUUGUUUUCUAGAUCUAAGAUGACAAAGAGGCAGUUACGAACUGUCCCCUAACUGAUAACUCCUCUGCAAACUGUAACUAUUCUUCUGUUUUUCAUUUCACCCAUGGCCAUCUUUUUACAUUUUGCAGUAAAAUCAAGUUUUUCACACAACAUGGGAAAUUUGUCGCGUAUCAGGUAAUAUGAGCUAAGAAAUGUGCUCUAGCUUUUGUAAGUGUCCUAAAAAAAAUUUAAAAAAUGGCAAAAAAUGAAAACAUAUUACACAGCGUGCACAACUCUUUCAACGUCUGAACAAUUGCAUUAUAACUUUCCUAUCAUCAUUUCAUCAUUAUCAGAUUGAACCAACUUAGUGAUCUCUCCAUCGUUCUUCAUAUCAUAACUGUUAAUUUUAAUUGUAUUUGACACAACAACUGAAGUCCUAAAAAUUUCCUUAAGCUGUCAGAGACAGGUUAUCAAAUCCCAUGGUUGGCUAUCUUUACAGAUUAGUUCCUUACUGUAGUCAUCAAAAAUUAUCAUGCCACCGCGGACAUCAUGUUUACUGUGAUGGUUUCGAGUCUUUUCAGAUAGGAACUGAUGCGAUGAUUUUGAUUAAUAUUCAAAUUCAUGGUUAACGUUAUGAAGGUGUUGUAUUAAUAAUAGAGAGCUUCCUUUUCAAUAUUAAUGACACAGACAUUGUGUCUCUUACAAUGCCAUUUUAUAAAUUCUCUUUCUUACUCUGCUCGUACUGCCUCGUUGUAUAAAUUCAGUCUUAGCUGAGAAUAAACUUAUACAAAAGUUGUUUUUUACAUACCCUGGCAGAAAGACCAUAGCGGAAGAUAUAGCCCUGUAGCUCUCUUUUAACCGUUUCUUAACAGCUGUUAGGCAAGACCAAACUUUAUUCGGGAAUCUACCUUUUCCCGGCAAUGUUUUAUGAUGUGCAUGCAGUAUUCAAAUCUAUCUUUAGACGAAUCAACCAUUUCAGCUUAAAAGAGACGAAGAUCAAUCUUUGGGAAAAAAAUAUGUGUGUUUUAAAGACAGAUUUUUCGUGACAGUUACUUCUCCUCCGGGUAAUUAACAAUUUUCAUAUAGACUGAAAUAAGACGUGAAAAGACACGACAAUUGACGUCAUCAAAAAUUACCAGGUGCUUCAAGGAUUACAGUCUUACAUCAGUUGAUAUCACAGGUCUUUUUUAAAACGGUUUUAUUUGAGUAAAACACUUUUUUGAUUGCUCGAUGGAAACUUGGUUCUGGAUUCUUGGCUGGUCUCUCUCAAUCUUGACCAUAAUCGGAAAUGGAUUCAUCAUCGUCCUUGUUUGCAGCAGAAGGCGUCUUCAAACCAAAACCAACGCGUUUGUCGUCUCACUUGCUGUGGCGGAUUUCUGUGUUGGAUUGAGUACUGUUCCUCCACUUUUUAUCUGCGAGAAGACAAGUGGGUGCAAUCCUGAAGCCCCCUUGGCCAACAGAGUGGAUUAUCUAAGGUGGCUCUUUGGUUAUGCCUCUGUGACAAACUUGUGUUGUUUGGUUAUGGAUCGCUACAUUGCUGUUGUAAAGCCGUUGAAGUACUUAACGGUAAUGAAGCGCCGCCGAGUUUCCCAAAUGAUUUUUUUUUCUUGGGCGAGUUCGAUUGCCAUUAUUAUUCCUUUUGUACUGAAUUGGCUCGUUUUUGAAAACAACCAUUUGCUUUUCUUUCUACCGUUGUGGAUCUAUGUGAUUUUCUUUGAGUUCCUACCGUGUUGCGUGCUAGUCUUUUGUUUUGCGUCAAUGUUACGUGUCGUUUAUAAGCAUGAAAGAGCUGCCCGCAUGUUAGCAAAACAGCUCCACUUCAAUCACCAUUUUUUGUUCAAAAGUGAGGAGAAGUCUGCCGUGAAAAUAAUGGCAGUUGUUAUUGGCUUGUUUCUUUUAGCUUAUUCAUGCUCUUUGCGAUGUAGUCUUGUAUAUCUUUUCUAUACAGAGGAAAUUCUUGUAAUGAUCAAGAAUAUAAAAUACCUCUUCUUGUUUUUAACUCUGCCAUCAACCCAGUUGCCUACGCUCUGUUUAAGAGGGACAUAA